GUUUAUUUACCUCACGAUACCAGGUACCUACUGUAGGUGGCAGCGUUUCAGGAGCUCUUAGUCCGGAAUUUCGGGGGAAUCGGCCCCGUAACGGCCCCACUAAUGGUACCUCCACUGUACCUCGACUUCAGUUGCCUUCUUACAACUCGAUCUCACAACGUUCGUCAGCACCAUAAAAUUUCCCAACUUCACCUCAUACCUCGUCUUCUUGAAAACCUGCAGACCAGUCAAACUCAAGUUGAAAACAGCAACAAAACAACAGGAUUACGUCCGGUGACCAGACCAAGCUACCCACUCUUCGGCAACAUCAACACCCCAACCCACCAGCCAUCAUGAACCCCCCAGACUCCACAACCAGGAACCAAAACGAAACAGAAGACGACCAAGACGACCAAGAAGAAGAAGAAGAAGAAGAAGAAGAAGAAGAAGAAGAAGAAGAAGAAGAAGAAGAAGAAGAAGAAGAAGAAGAAGAAGAAGAAGAAGAAGACUACAUGUCCAUGUCCUUCGCAGACGAACCCGACCCCGUCGCCAAACAACCCCUCACCUCCCUCCAACGCCGCCAACAGGAAAAACGCCUCGCCGAGGCCCGCGCCCGGCCCAAAUCCAAAGCCCAGCUCGCGGAAGAGGAAGAAGCCGCCCGCCAGGCCUCCCUCUCCCGCUCGCUGCUCGAAGGGCCGCAGGCCCAGAAAUCGAAAGGGUUCGCCAUGAUGGCGCGCAUGGGGUUCAAACCCGGCUCGACGCUCGGCGCGGCGGGGAGCCGGGGGGUUACCGAGCCGCUGAGGGUCGUGGUCAAGGAGGACCGUGGCGGGAUUGGUAUGGAGAGUGAGAAGAGGAGGAAGCUCCGCGAGGCGUUUGGCGAGGAUGAGGAGGCGAGGAAGAGACAGAAGCCCGGGGAGGAUCCCAUCGCGUACCGGGAUAGGAUGGCGCGGGAGAGGGAGGCUGUGCGGGUGGAAGGUUUGGUUGCUGCUGCGCAGCGGGUUGCCGAGGGGAUGGCGGCGGAUGCAGAGGCGGAGGUUGAGACGGGGGUUGAGGCGGCGGCGAAGGGAGAGGAUGUUGCGCCGAAAGGUGCCGAAAAGAGCGGGUCGAAAGACGAGAGGAACGGCAAGAAUCCAAAACCGAAGAGGAGACACAUCCCCUCCCGUCCGCUCAAGUCCGUGAACGUACUAUGGCGCGGUCUCGUCCGACGUCGCGAGGAAGCGGAGCGCAACGCCCGCUUGAGGCGCGACAUGGAACAGAGCCUCUCGCGGCUGCCGACAUACGAGGACUCUGACGAGGAUGAAGACGACAAGAGGGCUCUCGGACGGGAUGCAAAGACAGUGUACGUCUUCGCUGAGGACCUCGACGAGGAAGAUCCCGAGUUGGAAGAAUUCGAGGCGCUGGACGCCCACGAAAAGUUGCGUCGUUUGGUUGUGUUUUUGCGGGAGGAGUUUUGUUAUUGUUUCUGGUGCAAGACGAGGUAUCCUGAUGCCCAGAUGGAGGAUUGUCCCGGUUUGACCGAGGAGGAUCACGAUUAGAGCGGAAGAGGGUGUCCAUAUCUCCCGGGGUCUACCUGUUUUCUUAAUUGUAUUUACAUUCAAUAUGGGUCUCUUUGGAAUUGGGCCAAGGUCUGUAGCAACACAUGAGCGUUGAUGUCUUCUAGAUUUUCAUAUAAUACAAACAGGGGGGUAUAGUCUUGUCUAUCGGUUUUCACUUCACCAGAAUAUCAUACACGCCCAUUUCCCUGGCAACACCUGCCAACUGGGCCUCCCCGCCGGGCACAUUAGAC